AUGGUUUUUCUGGACGCUGACUGUCGACCUCUUUUCGUCACUGGCCAACCCGGUCUUCUAGAAGCCAGUGAGUUCGACGCUGCAAUGUCCAAGCGAGUGCAAGCACAACAAACAAGGCGGACACCGGGAGAAGCCGACAACCAUCCUGGACCCUCAACUGCCCUGCAUGACUUGCACUCUUUCCAGCCAAUCGUUGACGCGGAGGCAUUCGAUUGGCGGCCGGAUGACGAUAGUGGCUCAGGCAGUCCGUGGAUAUGA